UUAUUUUCAUUGUAAAUAAAUGACGACGGACGCCUGCAGUGCCACUUUGUCGUGACACUGUUGGCAUAACUGAGUGUCAAUUUGUAGUGGCGCCAAACCCUCCAAUUUUUGUGAAAUGAACACGAAAUGACCCCAUCAUUGUUAAUUAAACACAACCCCAAAGUUUUACAGCACUCACAAAAUUCAAAUACCUAACCUCUCUUUUUGCAAAAGUCGCGAUUUCUGAAUAACAUUGACCAAAAAAUGACUUCAACCACGAUCCGCGGCAUCCCAGUGACCUUUCCGUUCCCUCCCUAUGACAUUCAAGUCAACUAUAUGGAAAAAGUGCUCGAAUGUCUGCAAGAGCGCCAGAACGGUGUCCUGGAGUCCCCCACGGGCACCGGCAAAACUCUCUCCCUUCUGUGUGCCUCCCUAGCGUGGCUGGAGAUGAAGAAGGCCCAAAUUCAAGCCCAAAGACACACCCUAAGUGAAGAUUUUCUCAAAGAAUUGAACAUCAUUAGUGGCGAAAAUAGCACAAGGGGGCUACUCGGGACACCCACCAUAAUUUACGCAUCGCGCACUCACACGCAGUUAUCGCAAGCCAUGCAGGAGUUAAAAAGGACGUGUUACAACCACAUGAAGGCUUGUGUUAUCGGUUCAAGGGAACAAAUGUGUGUCCACCAGGAGGUCCUCAACGAGAAAAGCAACGCCUUGAAAGUCCAUUUAUGCCGCUUGAAAGUGAGAGAAAGAUCGUGUAUGUAUUAUAAUAAAGUCGAAAAGAAGAAACUGGACCCUGAAAUCACACAAUUGAGUGUUGUGGACAUCGAGGAUUUGGUGAAGUUGGGUCAGAAUCAUAAGUUUUGUCCGUAUUAUAUGGCCAAGGAGUUGAAGCAAAGCGCCGAUAUCGUGUUUACGCCGUACAACUAUUUACUAGAUCCGAAAACGAGGAAAGCGUUAGGGUUGGAGUUGGCUAAUAACGUGGUGAUUUUGGAUGAGGGGCACAAUAUUGAGAAAGUCUGUGAAGAGUCGGCCUCCAUUCAGAUUAAGUCAACUGAUAUUACGUUGUGUAUUGACGAGGUGACGGCGGUGAUGAAAGCGCUUAGCGAGGACGUGGUUAUCGAUUUUAACGACAAAGAAGUGCCCAAGGAUUUCACCGCCGAGGAGUUGUGUGUGUUGAAGGAGAUGUUGCUGAAUUUUGAGAAGGCGCUGGAUGAAAUUGCCUUGACGAGCACGAAUGCGGAGGGGACCUAUUUCGAAGGAAACUAUAUUUUUGGAAUGUUUGAAAAAGCGGGAAUUAAUGACCGAAAUCUGCACCAAGUUCAAAAUUUACUUGAAAAAAUUGUUCAGUUUCUGGCCACUGCGAACGACGGUCCGUUUGCUAGAAAGGGGGCUGGGUUACAAUUAUUUUCAGAUUUGUUGGCGAUAGCGUAUGCGAGUUUGACCCCUCAGUUCAAGGAAAAAAUACAAAAAUGUUAUAAAGUGCACAUAGCAAUGGAAGAAAAUCGAAAAAAAGUUUCUGAUGACUGGUUGACUAAAGCUACGUCAAAGAGUAAAUGUAGAGUUUUAAGCUACUGGUGUUUUAGCCCAGGUUUUGGAAUGAACAUGUUGAUGGACCAAGGCGUCCACUGCGUAAUUCUAACCAGCGGCACUUUAGCCCCCUUAAAACCCCUAAUCUCGGAGCUCGAACUCAACGUAGGCGUCCGCAUUGAAAACCCCCACAUCGUCACAGGGGAGCAAGUCUGCGUGAAAAUCCUCACCAAAGGUCCCGACAACGAACCCCUAAACUGUAACUACCAAAAUCGCAGCAACCCCAAUUAUCUGCGGUCGUUGGGACAAGUGAUAAUGAACUUAAUCAGGUUCAUUCCUCACGGUGUCCUAAUUUUUUUCCCGUCGUACCCAAUUAUGCAAACGUGUCAGCAAGCGUGGCAAGAAUCGGGAAUCUGGAAUACCAUCAAUCAAACCAAACCAAUUUUCGUCGAACCCAGAGAUAAACCCACAUUCGCAGUCGCCAUGAAUGAAUAUUACACCAAAAUCAACGACCCGAGUAUAAGAGGGGCGGUUUUCAUGGGGGUGUGCCGAGGAAAAGUGUCCGAAGGGUUGGAUUUUGCCGAUGUUAACGGCAGAGCGGUUUUCAUCGUAGGACUACCCUACCCCCCACUCAAAGACCCGAAAAUCAUUCUAAAAAAGAGAUAUCUGGAUGUGUGCAACGCGAAAGACAAAGAGUACUUGAGAGGCGACGAUUGGUACAGUUUGGAGGCCACUCGUGCCAUCAAUCAAGCCAUUGGACGCGUAAUCCGACACAAAAAUGACUACGGCGCUAUUAUUUUACUGGAUAGUAGAUUCACAAACCCUAGAGUACAAAGCAAUUUGUCACUAUGGCUGCGAAAACACAUCAAAAUCAUGCAAAACUUUGGCUCAACCGUUAAAGAUUUGAGGGUUUUUUUUCAAAAUGCCGAAACUAAAAUGCCUCGAUCAGUUCUCAAAGCCAAAGAUGAGAAUAUUCCAUCCAGCUCAUGUAACCAAAGAAGUGGCAAUUUCGAUUUUAGCACGAGUUCGAUUUCGUUGGGUUCGCCCUCCACCAGUGACGCUAAUUUGGUUAAUAUCCACAAACGAAAGUCCAACUCUGGAGCGAGUUUAGCGAAAAAGCAGAAAAUCACGAUGGUUGCCAACAAAUCAACGACGUUACCACUAGAAGCUGCUAUCAGCGAAUUUAUUGUUAUGGCCAAAAAAGUUCUCAGUAAUGAAGUUUUCGCCGAGUUUCUUAAAGCGAUGACGGAUUAUAGAAACAACUACGACCUCGGGGAGUUGAAGGAGUCGUUGAAUAGGAUUUUUUUGACGAGGCAUAGCCAACGGUAUCUGAUACGAGCGAUCGAGCCGUAUAUUAAAAACGAACAAAAAAGCGAAUUUAUUGAAUACUGUGACAGUAUGAGAUGAUUACGUAGUUCUUAAGUAUACUUAAUCAUUUUGAAUAAUAGAUGGCGCGGCUGACCGUACUGUCAUUACGUCAGUACAGUCAAGUGCAGCAGUCAAGGUCAAUUACCCUAGUGAUACUUUUUAUACAUAAUGUACAAUGACUAUAUAUUUCUGUGGCAUUAAAAAAUUACCCUUUAGAAA